AUGUCACUGCAGCAAGGUUAUAAGGAAGCAGAAUUGAAUCAGGAGCUGCAGCAGCAGCAGAUGCAGCAGCUAUACCUUGAGCACCAGCAGCACUUGUCGCAGCAGCAGCAGCACCUCAACCAACAGCAGCAGCAGCAGCAGCAACUUACGCAGCAACAGCAUCUCGCGCAGCAGCAACAGCAGCAACUUACGCAACAGCAACAGCAGCAUCUCACUCAGCAGCAGCAGCAGCACCUAACGCAGCAGCAGCAGCAGCAUCUCACGCCGCAGCAGCAGCAGCACCUCACUCAGCAGCAGCCUAAAGUCGACCAGCAUGCUGCAGUGGGAGACCAUCAAGGGUCUGCUGCUGCUGCCGUUGCUGCACAGCCCGUUGCUGCCCACCCGCAGCAGCAGCAGCAGCAGCAGCAGCAGCAAGGGGGGCCCCCGGGGGGCCCCACUGGCGGCACUCUUAACGGAGGAGAGCUGCAGUCGGUCUGGAGUGGCUGGGCCAAUCGCUAG